AUGGCGUUCAUAGACGACCGGCUGGCCAUGCCCAGCCGCUACGGCGACUCGUACGCCGAGGCGGUGGAGCACGGGGUGCGAGCGGUCAAGCUGGACCUCGUGCCUGUCAUUACGGCGAUGGGGCUGGCCACGUCGCACCUGGGUUUGGGCGCGACGUAUUCGACCACCUACUACUCGCCGUUCCAUGUGGCCCGGGUGUUUGCCUCCCUGGACCAUUUCACCAGCGGGCGCGCAGCCUGGAACGUGGUGACCUCGCUGAACGACUCGGAGGCACACAACUUCGGCGUGUCGGAGCAUCUCGAACAUGACGACCGCUAUGACAUGGCCGACGAGUUCAUGGAUGCCGCCGGGGCACUUUGGGAUUCCUGGGACGACGGAGCAGUCAUAGCAGACCGGGAUGAGGAGCGAUUCGCGGACUCAAGCAAGGUACGCCGAGCCGAUUAUGAGGGCCAACACCUGAGCUCCCGAGGGCCUUUGACCGUGCCUCGUUCGCCGCAGGGACACCCGGUAAUCAUUCAGGCCGGUCAGAGCGGGAGAGGCCGCCAAUUUGCCGCCCGCUGGGGAGAGAUGCUCUUCGUCAUAUUUCCCACACCGGAAGGGUGCAAGGCCUACCGGGACGACCUGCGGGCCCGGGCGGUCGCCGUCGGACGCGACCCAAACUCGAUAAAGGUGGCGCCUGCGGUCUAUGCGGUUGUGGGCGAAACGGAGCAGGAAGCUGCCGACAAGCUGGCCUACAUAGACGGCCUGGCCCGGCCCGUUGACUCGCUGGCGUUGCUGUCGGAGGUGUUCAACUAUGAUUUCGCCCAGCACCUGCCAGACGAGCCGCUGUCGGACGAAGUCAUGGCGUCAAUGACCGGGCUGCGCGGGUUCCUCGACCGUGUGAUUCAGCUGAGCGGCAACCCCAACCCGUCGCUGAACGAUUUCAUCAAGUGGUCGGGCCGGGGUACGCUGCGGGAGUUUCCGACGUUCAACGGCACACCGGCGCAGGUAGCAGACCAGAUGGAGGCGUGGUUCGGAUCGGAGUCCUGCGACGGGUUCGUGCUCGCAGCCACACACAUGCCAGGGGCCUACGAGGACUUCGCACAUCUGGUCGUGCCCGAACUGCAGCGGAGGGGGCUGUUCCGGCGCGAAUACGUGCCCGGUACCCUGCGAGACAACCUUGGGCUGGCUCGGCCAAUGAGGAUGUAG